AUGCGGUUUCAAGUUAAAAAUCUUGGAAAAAAGAAACCGGAAGGUAGCUUUUUGUUUCGUAAUAUCGAGAUUUCAUUAAACGAGGGCGAUAAUUUAGCGAUUACUGGUCCAAGUGGCGUUGGCAAAACCACUCUAUUAAAAUGUAUCGCCGAGUUGACAGCAUUCGAAGAAGGAUCGCUUUACUUAAAUGAAAAAAAUCCUGAACAAUAUGGUAUCCCGAUGUGGCGGACACGCGUAAUGUAUGUUCUGCAGAGACCUGCUGUGAACGGUACACCACUUGAUUUUGUUAGUCAAGUUCGUAAAUAUGCGACUCAACAAAAGAUGAAAAGUAAUCACCGUGAUCCUGUUGAAAUUUCAUCACGAUGGGGAAUCACAGAGGAUCUCUGGCACAAAGAAUACAACCAACUAUCAGGAGGAGAAAUGCAACGAAUUUCUCUUGCGAUCGCAUUAUCAUGUAACCCGGAUGUUUUGCUAUUAGACGGCAAAACCAACUUCGGCACUCGACCAUCAAACUUGUCUAUUGGUAGAGGAGUCACUUCACUAGAAAGGCAUGGAGAUGAUACGGGGAUGGAGAAUGGUGGUGCGGUAAUUGUUGAUAUGUAA